AUGGCGCAGUGCGUGCGUCGGCUGGUGCUGGCGGCGACGCUCGCCGCUGCGGUGGCGCUGCUGCUGUGCACGAGCAGUGCGCCGGUGGCGCGUGCUGCUGGGACGGGCGACUUCACUGCGGCGCAGCGGACGAACACGCUGGCGGUGCUGCAGGCGUUUGGGCGUGCGAUCCCUGAGCUUGGGGAGAAGUGGGCGGGCAACGACUUCUGCUCAUGGGAGUUCAUCGUGUGUAAUGUUAUAGGUGUGAACGUACGGGGAAUCAGUCCGACGUAUGCCGGCACGCUGCCGGAGAUGCCUGUGAACGUCGACUACAGGCACGUCGUGAUCAAGCAGCUCGACUUUUCCGAAAUGGGGCCGGGGCUGAGCGGGACGCUGCCGGACAGCUGGAGCAAGCUGGAAGGACUGACUUCCCUUAAGUUGUCGGGCAACAAAGUGAGCGGUGCGCUGCCCGCCUCAUGGCACUCGAUGACAUCUUUGGAGUCGUUGUCGAUUGAAAAGUGUGAAAGCAUCUCCGGCGCGCUGCCGCCCCAGUGGAGCUCGAUGACAUCGCUGAGUGUUCUCAAUCUGCGGGGCACAGGCAUCUCCGGCGCGCUGCCGCCCCAGUGGAGGUGGAUGAGAAAGCUUACAGAUGUGCUGCUCGCUGAUACGUUGUUGUCCGGGACGCUGCCGCCCGAAUGGGGUUCUAUGAGCAGCCUGGCGUACCUUCACCUUUAUCUUACUCAGGUCUCCGGCACGCUGCCGCCCGAGUGGAGUGGGAUGUCGGAGGCCGCAUACUUCUGGCUGAACAACUGCGACCUGUCCGGCAGUCUGCCGCCCGAGUGGUCGUCGAUGCCAAAGCUGCGCGGUAUGUCACUGAGCGGCAACCACUUCUGCGGGUGUGUGCCGGACUCGUGGGCCGACAGAGGUGGUCUUGUUGUGGACAUCGAGGACAAGCACAAGGGCAGCGACUGCACGACCGAUAGGGUGUGCCCGACUGCACCAGAGACGGAGUGCGAGGUGGAUGGGUGUGAGGUGUGCGAGGGGGACUCCGCUGCGAGGUGCGCCAGGUGCCGUGAGGACUACUUCCUGACGGACGAGAGGACGUGCCUGAUGCACAACGAUGGCGGUGUUGCUGCUGUGUCGAGCGGAGUGGCAGCAGCAGCUGUUGUGUGCGUGGCUGUGCUGUUCAGCGUGGGGCUGGCGGCGUGA